CCGAAGUUGUAACCAUACCGAAAGGCCCGUCGAAAUAGCAAGGCAGACUCAACAUGGCCUCCAAUGUAUUGCCCUUGUUCUGGCAAUUAUCCUCAAACGACACAAAGUCGCGACUAGAUGCGUCAGAAGAGCUGGUAACAGCCUUGCACACUUUUCAAAAACAGCAUGAGGCGAAACAGAGUACCUCUGCCGGGGAUGAACUGAUGGAGGCCUCUGACGACGAGGACGAAAAAGACGAUGGAGACGAGGAGGACGAUGAAUCUGGGGUCGAGGUGGACGAGGACGAUGACAUGGAUGACAAGCCGAAAAGGACGAGAGAGAUGGAUGAGGAGGACGCCGAGAUCGCCAAGCUGGAUCGUAUCUUCGAAACUCGCAACUCCGAAGAUGUCAGAUACUCUAUCAAGCGAUUGAUCAGAGGUCUUGCGAGUUCCCGAGAGAACAGUCGUUUUGGGUUUGCCGUUGUGCUGACAGAGCUACUGGCUACCAUCGACACCGUCUCACCGAAGCAUGUGAUUUCCCUCAUCUUAGUAGGAUCUCAGACAUCAAAUGCGAUGAAGGGCACGGAGGAGCGGGAUAACCUCUUUGCUCGGCUAUUCGGUCUGACGGCUGUAGUGGAAUCCGGCAUACUCUUCCAAUCGAAGGCGACGAUGCAGGACUUCAAGCUGUGUAUCGGAGAGUUGAUGGCUCUUGGAGAGAAAAAGUCUUGGAUCCGAGAGUCAGCAUGGUGGACCGUCCUAACUGGAGUCAAAAGCUUGUUGCACAGUGAGGUUGACUGGCGAGAAGACGCCGUCAAGGCGGUAUUGCAACGUAUGUACGGUACCACUGGCGAGCAAGAGGAGUCUAGCAAGAAGCAUAGGGGAAUGGAGUGGACCCAGGACAAGGCUGCAUUAACUCUGAUCCUUCAAGAAGCCAGACCUGAGUUGAAUUGGAAGGUGAUUUUGGCCCCGACCUUCAAGAAUGGUAUCAUUCUUUCAGGGCAGAAUCUUCCCAUUCUCGGCAAGCUUCUCAAGGAGACAAACGAGUCCAUCGAGCCUGCAGCCCCAUCAGGCGCUCCCGUGGCCUCGACCUUGACUACUGGAUCUUGGAAACCCAAGGUUCACUUCAUUUGGGAUAUCAUCCUCGACAUGUACCUCGGCGCAGAUGCCAAGAAGGCCAGCCUCAAGGAUAAAGCUGCUUUCCAGGAAUUCUACCGCAUAACCGUCGAUGAAACCCUUUUCGCGCCAACUUCUACGCCCCAGAGGAAAUACUGGGGUUUCGAGGUCGUUUCCAAGGCGUUGCCUUUGUUGUCGGACGAGAUGCUGCCGUUCAUCUUCACUCAAAACUUCAUGAAGUGCUGGAUGAACCACCUGUCGGGUGAGGAUCGCUACUUACACAAAGCUGCCCAGCGUAUUGCCAAGCAAGUACAGGACGUCACGAAGAGCAACUCUCUGGUCGGAUUUGCCCUGCUGUCUCAGUUGUUGGGCAAGAAUGGUUCCAGAAACUUCGACAAGGUCACCAGAACCAAGACGGUGGAAAACAUUAUGGGCAACCUGAAUACGGACGGAGUCCAGCAAUACGUCGAGUUCUUGACCAAGCUGGUUCUAGAGACGGCCGAGAAUGACGAGGUCGACGGCUCCAGCAUCGAGACCAGGCGAGCCUGGGCGUUCGAACAGCUUUUCGCCUUGAUUCGAAGCCCGACUCUGCCGAAAGAGGAUUCAUGGGUUUCUACCGUUCUCGAUUUCCUGCUUGCUCACGGACUGUUCAUUCUGGACAAGGUCAACAAGAAGAGCAAGCACGAAGUUCUUCACACCCGUCCUCAACCACCCAUCUCUGAAGCCAGCGCCACAGUCUGUCGAGCUCGAUUCUUCUCUGCUAUCAUUGAGCUCACAACGCAAGCGAGGGUAAUCAAAGAAGAAGACCGAGCCACCAAGCUGCAGGGAUGCGAUUCGCAGGGUCGAUUGUGGCUGUCCCGAGCUCUGGAGACUUUGCAGCAGUUGGAGAAGGACAACAAGCACGUUUCGUUGGCAAUCGACGUCGACGACGAGAUCAUUGCGGACCGCUCCAAAGCAUCAAAGGCCUUGAAGGAUGUGCGAGAAGCUUCUGCGCUAUCCUCGGACGUAAAAAAGGGUGUCGAAGUUCUUUUAUCUUUCGGUCUUUUGCAGACUUACGGAGAUGAUGUCAAGGCCUACGAAAGCCUCGAGGAUAUCGUUUCUUGCGCCACCAUUCUGUCGCAACCGGCAGCGUCAUCAUCCAAGUCGGAAGCACCCUUGCCACCUCUCGACUUGCUUGUUGAUGUUCUCAUUGCGUACCUCGACAAGGCUUCCAGUGAUCUCAAAUCGCUCGCGAGCCUGGUCUUCGGUCUACUAUCCUCAGAGGUGCAACCUUCAACGAUCGAGCACCUGAUCGCUCAAUUGGAGCAGACCGGAGAUGGCAACGAGAGCGACGAUGAAGUUGAGGACGAGGACGAGGACGAAGUCGAAGAGGAUGAAGAGGAAAGCGAGUCUGAAGAUGACGCUGUUGAGGAGGAAGACGACAACAUGGAGGUUGACGCCGAAUUCCGCCGACGGGUGGCUGAAGCCUUGCAAGUGGCCGGAAUGUCAGGUGGCGAUAAAAUGAAUGGAAAUCAGGAUGACGAUGCCAUGGAGGACGACGAAGACGAAGAUGAUGGUGUUGACGAGGACAACGAUGAUUCCGAGUCUGACAAGGAGUCCAUCUCGAUGGAUGAUGACCAGAUGUUGGCAUUGGACGAAAAACUGGCUUCGAUCUUCAAAGAGAGGCGGACAGGCAAGAAGGGAAACAGCGCUGUGGAAGCCCUGCAUUUCAAGCAGCGUGUCCUCGAUCUCGUCGAGAUCUAUCUGCGGAAACAACAGACCAACCCCUUGGUCCUUUCGUUCAUCCCCAUCCUCUUGACGCUCUCUCAGAGCAGCGCUCCUGCCGAGAAAUCGCUGGCUGAGAAGGCCAAGGCCAUCUUGCUCCGCCGAUUCGGCAACGCUGUCGAAGUCCCCGUGAUUGAGGACGUCGAGGCAGCCAAGAAGACCCUGGAAGCCAUUCACAACACUGCUCGGAGGACCUCUUCAAAAGAGGUCGGAAAGGCUUGCAGCAACGUCAGCAUCUUUAUGGCCAAGGCGUUCAACCUAUCUCAGAGCGAGGGCGCUGCGAGCGCCGUCACCGAGAUCUACCGGGCUUCGUUGAAGGACUUUUUGAGCAGAAAAACGAGCAAGCUGUCGCCCACCUUCUUCCAAGCCUACUUGGAGCGACAACCUCUUCAAGCUUGGGCGCUACGGGACGAUAUUCUUCGAUAUGCUCGUGGAGACGCCGUCAACGAUUUCCACUAUCUCAGUGCUCUGAACCUGUUGAGUGCCGUUGCCAAGCAGUUCAGCAACGUGGUCAAAGCCGGUGAAAAGGGGAGCGUCGAGGCGUACGUAGAGGACUGCCGAAAGGUGCUGUACGAAGCGCUCGAAACCAAGGGCUCCGCCGCUGGAUCGUGGAACGCACCCCGUGUCAAAGAGGUCAUCAAGGCCUGUUUGCAGAUGGCUCGACUAUCCCAAGUUGUCUUCGACACCCCAGAAAAGCUCGCCCAGGCCUGGUCCGUAGAAGAUCUCCGGAACAUCGACCUGACCUUGCGACAGACCGAACGACUGGCCAACAACGGUUCCGUCUUUACCCUGCUCGGCCAGUUUUUGCUCCUCGUCGACCCCCAGGCAAAAGAGGCUCAGGCGGCCAAGAAGCAGCAGAAGCAGGCGGACAAGAAGCGAAAGCUCAGCGAGGUGGCCAGCACCGUUGACGAGUCUGUGACUGCGACAAAGAAGGGUAAAAAGGCUGGUGGGGCAGUCAAGAAGCAGAGCGCGACCGAGGAUGGUACACCAAAGAAGAAGCAGAAGAAGGUGGCCAAGAAGGACUAGGCUGGAUGCCACAGGGGUCGUUGCCUCGGGCCUGUAAUAUCAGAAAGGGAGCAUCUUGUUUGACUUUGUACGGGAUUGGAUUGAAAAUGUAGAUUGUCGCGAUUGGAACGGACGAAGAUCUCGACCAUGUGCGCAGUCAUUCGGCAGCAAUCCUUUUUAUAACUCAUUUGCUUCCGCGUUCGUACUGAUCGCCCGAGUCGGCACACAGAUUCGGCACUUGCGAAGAUGAGUCGAGUUUCGCAGACAUACAAAAGGGGAUCAACGCCUGCAACCUGUGCAU